GUACGGUGACGGUAACGAUGGGCACUGGAACGGAGCUGACAGAGGCACGAUGCGAUGUGCCGGAGGGGUGAGGCCUUAACCUACCUUUCCCUGGUCCUUCCCUUGCCCUCUGCACCCUCUCACCCACCACCUGCCCCUGCAGGAGAGUCUAUCUGGACUACAACGCUACGACCCCCCUGGCCCCUGAGGUGGCCCAGGCCGUUUGGGAUGCCAUGCACCAUGCCUGGGGCAACCCUAGCAGCUCCCACCCUGCAGGCAGGAAUGCAAAGGACCUCAUUCGUAGUGCCCGGGAGAGCCUGGCGAGGAUGGUGGGAGGCCGGCCAGAGGACAUCAUCUUUACCUCAGGAGGCACGGAGGCAAACAAUAUGGUGAUCCACGCUGCCCUAAGGCACUUCUGUGAAAGCCAGAGCAGGCCAGGGGAUGGCCAGAAGAUGCCACACAUUGUGACAUCAAAUGUGGAGCAUGACUCUGUUCGCCUGCUGCUGGAGCAACUGGUGAAGGAGAGCCUGGCAGAAGCCACCUUUGUAGUUGUGUCCCCACAAAGUGGGCGCGCUGAAGUGGAUGAUGUCCUUGCUGCCAUCCGGCCAACCACCUGCCUAGUUUCAAUCAUGUUGGCUAAUAAUGAGACUGGGGUCAUUAUGCCUGUCAUGGAGCUGAGCCAGCGCAUCCAUGCCCUCAAUGUGCAGAGGGUGGCAGAGGGGCUGCCCAGGAUCCUGGUACAUACAGAUGCAGCACAGAUGAUUGGCAAGGGGCGUGUGGAUGUCCAGGAGCUAGGGGUAGACUACCUCACCAUCGUGGGACACAAGUUCUAUGGCCCACGGAUUGGUGCACUGUAUGUGCGUGGUCCUGGCACCACAACCCCGCUGCACCCCAUGCUCUUUGGAGGAGGACAGGAGAGGAGUUUCCGGCCAGGCACUGAGAACACCCCAAUGAUUGCUGGCCUUGGCCAGGCUGCAGAGUUAGUGAGCAAGAACUGGGAGGUCUAUGAGGCUCAUAUGCGGGAUAUUAGGGAUUACCUGGAGGCCAGGCUGGAGGCCUCCUUUGGGAAGCAGAGGAUCCACCUCAACAGUCACUUUACAGGCUCUAAGCGACUCUGUAACACCUCUAAUUUCUCCAUCUUGGGCCCAGGUCUUCAAGGGCGAAGGGUGCUGUCCCGCUGCAGGACGCUUCUCGCCAGCGUUGGGGCUGCCUGCCACUCGGAGAAAGGAGAUCGGCCCUCCUCGAUUCUGCUCAGCUGUGGAAUCCCCUAUGAUGUGGCACAGAACGCCUUGAGGCUGAGCGUGGGGCGAGACACCACCCGGGCAGAUGUGGACCUGGUUGUGCAGGACCUCAGUGGCCAAGGCUCCUGUUGCCGGCUCCAUGUGCUCCUAAAGGAAAUGUUGGGGCAGCCCUGUAUGCCAACACCUGAGGAAAUGUCAUCCCUGCGCAGUCUGGGCAGUCACUCUCAUCGCUGAUGCUGGAGGACACAAGCGUCUCAUUGAUCAGGAGUGUCGCUGGCUGGGCUGACUGAUGGGGGGAACCUGGUCUCUCUGGGUAUUCAUAGGAAUAAAAGUGACUGCUGCUUCUGUGGCUUUUUCCUAAGUAAAAUCUAUUUUGCCUGGGGAAAAGAACUGCUUGGGAUAAUCUCAGUGAUGUAUCUUCUCUCAGACAAUACUUGUGUCCCACAACAGAGGCACACUUUGCUGGAGCCAGUCCCGGCUGGCAUGGAGCCCAUGGACACAGAUUCUUAGGCAUGGGCCUUUCUAUUUACUAGCUAUGUAUUGGCAUGGCUAGGCAUAGUAUUUGGAACCAUAAAACACUGGGGGGGUUGUAAAUCUAAUUAGUAACUUCAGGUAGGACCAAAGCACCCCGACUUCAG